GCAAAAAGGACGCAGUAUAUUGGGGUAUUUAUUUAGCGAGGUGUCGCGCGCAGGUUUGAAGUUUUAAUGUGAAGGAGUCCGGUAGUAGUAAUUAGGAGGUGAGUACGCGUCGCAGCGGCUGCGGCGGCGCGACGGUCGAUAGCUGGAGCGACAGGCGGUACCGUCCCGGGUCACGCCUGCCAGAUCGAUAGCGGCACGGCGGGGGCGGAGGACCCGAACCCGGCAUUACUCGCGCCGCCACGGCAGACGAGACACCUAGUCCGCCGCGAGAUCGGCGGCAGGCGAGCGCGGCCGGGGCACGACGCUCCAUGCGACCUCCGCUCGCGACAUGAGCGGCGCCCGCCCCCGCAGCGCGCCCCUGCUCCUGGCGCUCGCAGCCGCCUUUCUCCCGCAAGCCAACCAUGUCGCGGGCGCCGGUGGGGGUGGCAUGUUCGGCGAUGUCAAUAUAUCAGCCAUAUUGGAUUCCUUUAGUAUAAGUUAUGACAAAAGAGUAAGGCCUAACUAUGGAGGUCCGCCAGUGGAGGUGGGCGUCACCAUGUAUGUGCUCUCUAUCAGCUCCGUCUCCGAAGUGCUCAUGGACUUCACAUUGGAUUUUUACUUCAGACAGUUUUGGACAGAUCCACGACUGGCGUAUAAAAAACGACCUGGAGUGGAGACGUUAUCAGUGGGAUCCGAGUUCAUAAAAAACAUAUGGGUGCCAGACACAUUCUUUGUAAAUGAAAAGCAGUCAUAUUUCCACAUAGCAACCACUAGCAACGAAUUCAUACGUAUCCAUCAUUCAGGCUCUAUUACUAGAAGUAUCAGAUUAACUAUCACAGCAUCAUGUCCUAUGCAUCUACAAUAUUUUCCUAUGGACAGACAACUGUGUCACAUAGAAAUUGAGAGUUUCGGAUACACUAUGAGAGACAUUCGAUACCAUUGGAAAGACGGACAUUCUAGCGUCGGAAUGAGCAACGAGGUGCAACUGCCCCAAUUCCGAGUGCUCGGGCACCGACAGCGCGCAACAGUAGUGACGCUGACGACAGGAAAUUAUUCUCGGUUGGCAUGCGAGAUACAAUUUGUUCGAUCCAUGGGAUACUACCUAAUCCAGAUAUACAUUCCGUCGGGUUUGAUCGUGAUCAUCUCGUGGGUGUCGUUCUGGUUGAACCGCAACGCCACUCCGGCGCGCGUGUCGCUCGGCGUCACCACCGUGCUCACCAUGACCACGCUCAUGUCCUCCACCAACGCGGCUCUGCCUAAGAUCUCCUACGUCAAGUCCAUCGACGUCUACCUCGGCACCUGUUUCGUCAUGGUUUUCGCCAGUUUAUUAGAAUACGCUACAGUAGGAUAUAUGGCAAAGAGAAUACAAAUGAGAAAACAAAGAUUCGUAGCCAUACAGAAAAUAGCGUCCGAAAAGAAACUGCCUGUUGAUUGCCCUCCAGUUGGUGAUCCACAUACACUCUCUAAAAUGGGCACGUUAGGGAGGUGUCCUCCGGGGAGAGCUUCGGUAAGCUGUUCGGAAGUAAGAUUCAAAGUGCACGAUCCGAAGGCACAUUCAAAAGGCGGAACGUUAGAGAACACUAUAAACGGGGGCCGGAGCGGAGCCGAAGAGGAGAACCCAGGGCCACCGCCGCACAUACUCCACCCCGGCAAGGAUAUAAGCAAACUCCUGGGCAUGACGCCGUCGGACAUCGACAAGUACUCGCGCAUCGUGUUUCCCGUGUGCUUCGUCUGCUUCAACCUCAUGUACUGGAUCAUCUAUCUGCACGUCUCCGACGUCGUGGCUGACGAUUUGGUUCUUCUGGAAGAGGAUAAAUAGAGGGGACGAUGUCUUUUAUCCACUUAUUUUUCCACUUUAAUCGCAUACAAUAAUAAUUUGAAACGAACCGCACUUAUUUCCGAAAUAAGUUUGAAGAAAAAUAGAACUAGCUGUAUUAUCCGUACGACUUAGUAACAAAAGUUAGCUUACGAUGUGUCGUAGAACGCAUCGAUGACAUAACUUAUUCCAAAAAAAGAAUUUGUAGAUAUAACAGCACUAUCUAGUACCUAAUUAAUUAAAUUUAAUAAUGUAAUGAAAAUGUAAAUAACGUGUCGAGGAUAUGUAAAAUAUGGACGUCUUAAUCUAAGAUAAUAAAUCUCUUUUCUUGGAGUCUGAAGUAGUAACUAAACGACUGAACAUUUUAGAUAACAUGGUCAAGACGUGUUUUAGUUUCCGUAGUGACAGAGGGUGUCUUCGAAGUGAGUGCGAGGCGGCGCGCAAGCGUCGGCGCGGGAUUGCCGGGCUGCCAGUUCGAUUGUGAGACAGUUUCCUGGUGGUCAGACUCUGUAAAUACUAGCUUGCCGUAUGAGUAGGUGUUUAUUAUAAGGCUUUAGGAAUAAAUAUCUUUACUAAACGAACCCAGUAAUUUAAUCAUGGACGUUUUUGGAACACAAUGUUGGUUCCACAUUUUCCAAUUUUCUUAUUAAGAUUUUGACACAGUGCAAUUUUUCGAAGUAAUUGGAAAAAGUUCCUAAACUAAUAUUGAGUAGCAAAUGGUUGUAUGAAUUAAAAUUAAAUCGUGAAAUUAAAGUUUCAAAUUAUUAUUAUUUCUGUGGUAAAAUGAGUGGAGUACAAAAUAAUGUAUGAUUAAAUCUGAUGCUCAAAUUUCUCCGCUUGAACAUAUUAAUUACUUAGUUGUAGUAGUUUUGUAGGUAGGUAUGUUAAAAACUUAGUUGUUCGUUUAUUCUUUGCUAUUUUCUACAUUGUUGUGAUAAUAAUAUUAGAUGUUUUCUGUUGGAAUGUAGUGCAAACCUAUCCAAUUCUAUCUUUUAAAUAUAUUUUGUUUCAUUUUAAUACAAAUUUGUAGCUACGUGUUGUAAUCUAUAUAUGGUAAAUGUUUCAAAUCAGCAAUAAUUUUAGCUUCUCAUUGAAAAUG